UGCAAUCAUCUUCAAUGUUUUCAAAUAGUUUAUAAACAGUUCAAACAAUUAAUGAAAAUGAAUGAAAAUUUAAAAUCACUGUGUCGAUUAUGUGCAGAAAUGCAUCCAAUAGAUACGUUAAUUAAAAUGCAUAGUGAAAAAUUUACAAACUUAAGUUUAGCUGAAAAAAUUUAUCAAUAUUUUAUUGUGACUAUUAAUGAAAAUGACAUUUUACCUAAAGAUAUUUGUAAUUGUUGUUGUAAAAGAGUACUUGAAACUUACGAGUUUCAUAAACAAAUUCAAAAAGCUCAAGAAACUUUACAAAUAAAAGUUGAAAUGGUUGAAAUAACACAUGAAAAAAUCGGUUACGAAAUUAAAGCAGAGGAUAAUCAUUCAAAUGACUUUAUAUUUGAUCAUUCCCCAAUCGUGGAUUCAGAAGAUAAACCACUCAGUGUACGCUUAAUUGGUAACAAAACAACUAGGGUAAGAAGAAAUAAAAAGGAAUUAUCAAAUAAAUCGAGAAGAAAAUUGAAAAAUACUACGGAAAAUACGCCAAAAAUAAACAAAAUUAAGAGUGAAUUAAAUGGUGGCACAGAUAAUAAAAUUUCAAGAAAAAAUUCAAAAGAAAAAAUUUUUAUUUGUGAUCAAUGUGGAAAAUGUUGGAAAAAUCGUGGAGAAUUAUAUUCACAUUUAAAAUCUCAUGACGAAGAGAGACCUUUUAAAUGUGAUGAAUGCUCUAGAGGUUUCAAAACUUUUCGAUCUUUAAAAAGACAUAAAUUAAUUCAUGCUGGAGUAAAACCCCAUGAAUGUAAAACUUGUGGUAAAAAAUUUCGUUUACUAGAAAUGCUUGUUGUACAUUCGACAAUUCAUACCGGUGAACUUCCACAUGAAUGUAGUUAUUGUAAAAAAAAGUUUCGACAUAAAAAUUUUUUACGGAUUCAUUUAAGGCAGCAUACAGGAGAACGACCGUAUUCAUGUUCAGAAUGUAAUCAUUUCUUUUCAAAUAAUUCAAAUUUUAUAAAGCAUUUAAAAGGACGGCAUGGAUUACUAAAUGUUUCAAUAAAGAAUCGACACCAUUAUCCAUUUUCUAACUAAAAGUUAUAAUAUGUAUUUUAUUUUAAA